ACUGUUGUCGCUUGACUCCCUUUGCUCUCUGAUUGGCUGAUUGAUCAAGGGGUGGAGUCGAUUCGUUUCCACUCCGCCCCCUUCGGCCCGCCUGUCUCGUUCCGUAUAAUAUAUGCAGGCUUUCCGCUCUCAUUGGCUUCGGAUGGGUCGCUUUUUCUGUGUUUGGGAGUUACAGCGUUGCGCGCAUGAGCAGUUUGGAUUCUGGAUUGUGAGCAAGGAUCAUGGAGAGAAGGAGAGAUUCAGACAGACAGCUGGACCUGCCUGCUGCAUUCAGAGCCCCAAGACCGACUGGACCCAGAGGAUUGAUCCCUCCUUCCCACUUCCAGAGCCGGUCAGCACCUCCCUUAGCUGUGCCUGCUGCAAUUCCCUGGGGCGAUCCCGCUCUCUCUAACUGGGAGGUAGAUGAACUCAAGCGAGAAAACCAGCGGCUGAAGGAUGAACUCCACAGAUGGGCCUCAAAGGGAGAGAAGACAGAAGAAACGGGGAACAAAACCAGGCACAUGGAUGGAGAAACUGAGCCUGCCAGUGUCCGCCACACUCUGGCCAUAUCCCAGCAGGCUGAGAUUAUCUCCCAUCAGCUCCAUGAGAUCCAGCGGCUGGAGGCUGAGCUCACCGCUCUCCGAGUUGCCUCAGGACAGCAAGAGGCAGUGGCGGCCAGUCGGGAAAACACCCUCUCCAGCCUGCAGGAAGAACUGGUGAUCCUCAGAAACAAGAGCGAAGCAGAGACGGCAAUCUUGAAGAUGGAGUUGGAGGAAGCCAGGAGGAGCAGCCAUUUAGAGACGGAGGCGCUCAAGGAACAGCUUGAGGCGCUCAGGAGGCAAAGCCAGCUGGAGGCAGAUUCCCUGAGGGAGGAGCUUGAAUUGACCAAGGAGAAACAUGCCCAUGAAAUUGGACUGGCACGGGGAGAGCUUCAGGGGGUGCUUGAAGACGUGGAAGCCACCCGGAAGAGGCAGGAAGAGAGGGCUCAGGAGGGGCUGCGCACCAUGAUCAAGGAGCAUCAGGCAGAGCUGUCCAGGCUUUCCGAAGUCCAUGACGCUGAGGUUGCCUCCUUGAAGGAACAGAUCUGUGAGCUCCAGAGGGAUUUGGAAGUUGAGCGUAAAGAGGCUGUCCAGGUAAAGGAGAAGAGGGAUGUUCUCCAGAACCAACUCAGUUUAUCCGAGGCAGAGCUUGCUUCCCAGAAUGCCUUGGUGGUACAGCUGAAGACUUACGUUGGGGAGCAAGAGUCAAGGCAACCUAGUUCGGAGCAGGAACAACUGAAAAGUAAAAUACAGCAACUAGAAGAUGAAAAGAAUGCCCUGAAAGUCACAGCAGAGCUUCUACAGGUUCGUUUAGCGUCCCUGAAUGAUAUCCUGACCCUACAGGAGACAGAGCUCAGCAAGAAGGUGCAGCUCCAGGACCCUCUUCAGGCGGAGUCAUCUCAGAAGCUCCAGGGCCUCCUGACUCGGUGGCGGGAGAAACUCUUUACUCUCCUGGUGCAGCUGAAAUCUCAGGAGCUUGGCCACAGAGAUAGCAUCAAACGGCUAGAGUGGAAGGUGAAAGAGCUGGAAGAAACAGUGGAAUCUAGAGAUCAGAAGGUGGCAGUGUUGCUCCGCAGUCUAGAGGACAAGACGGCUGAGGUUAAUAUGGAACAAGUGAGGAACAAGACGCUGCAGGCCGAGGCCGUGCGUGCCAACGAAUCGGCACAGAACCUUCAACAAAGGGCCGAAGCUGGUGAAAACGCCCUUCGCGGGCUGGGAGCGUUUGUCGCCAGGGUAAGCCAGCAAUUUCUGGAACAGGAAGAAGCAUGGAAGGCUGCUUUAUCACGCCUGGUGGGGUUGGGGAACAGAGUGUCCUUUGCAACAAAGAGAGUUGACACCGUCCAUGGGCUCGUGUGCCAGAAAAUGGCUCUGGCGAGACUUCAGCAAGAGGAGAAAACUUGCACCUCAAGAUCAGACCAGGAGAGGGUCCAGCCAUCUUAUGAAGACCUGCAAGCUGAACUGCAGAUGCUGCAUGAAGAACGGGACCAGCUCUCAUUGCAGCUUAAGCGUGGCGCUCAGCUCAUAGAGAAGAAAGUGGCUGAAGCACGAGAAAGAGUGGAAGCUGACCUGCAGGAAAUGAAGGAGAGAUCACAGAACUUGCAGGAGGCAGUAGAGGCCAAGGUGCUGGUGGAACAGGACUUGAGGCAGAAGCUGGAGGCCACAGAGAGGCAGCUGGAAGUGGCUUACAAGGACCUUCAGAGGAGCAAAGAGGCUGCCGAAAGUUUGAGGCAGGAGCUGGGACAGCUACGAGAGGAGUAUGAGAGAGCGCUCAUUAUUGCCCCAUUUAGUGUUGAUUGCUCUUCAUCCUUGUAUCUCUUUCUAGUGGUUGCCCUCCGCCAGGCUGAGCGACAGGCAGCAAGAGACAAAGCUCGCAGCGAGGAACUGGCCAAGCUUCAAGAGUCUGCCACACAACAGGAAAUAGCCCGGCUGGAAGGGUGUGUACGGGAACUUGAGAAGGACAAGAAUCUACUGAUGGUCACCCUGAGGCAGGAAGGGCUGUUAGCCCAGCAUAGGCAGAAUCGCCAGGCAGCUAUCCAGAGCUUAGCAGGGACAACUGGAAAGUCUGAAGCCAAGCCUCCAUCUAAAGAGUCCCUCCUUGCUGUGCUGGAUGACCUACAAGUUCUGGGUGCUGCUAUCUUAGAUGAAGAGGAAGUGGACAAGGACAGAAGUGCCAGCCCUGACACCGAAGAAUAGUCUAUGAAACAGCCAUCUGUUUGGCCAUGGACAGACUGUAGAGAGUCUUAAUACAUGUAAAUAAAAUUUAUUUAAAGUUGCUUGUUUUUUAAAUGCUCUGUCAUGGAACCUAUCCUUAAUUUCUACAUUGGAUUUGGUCUCCUUUACCAAUCUUAGUUUAAGACCUCCAUCA